CAAGUCUCUCCAUCAUGAUUGAUCAUUCCAUUGCUACAUAAACAUAGACUCCUCCUUUGCCCUCUCUUCUCCAAAACCCAUCAAUUUUUUUCUCUUCCAACUUCAAUUUGUUGUUCAAGUUCCAAUCUUUUUCAUUCCCACAUCGUUAAAUUUUGAGUGAAUGGGAAGGCAAAUUGUGAGAAAAAGAAGGGUAUUUUCCAUAGAUCCAAACAAAUUUGCAACAAAGUAUGCCAAAUAUUUGAUGAAAUCUUUAGUAAAAAUUUCAUCAAAUAAUCUUUCUCCACAAAAAUUUCAUAAACUUGUGAAGUUUGAAGUUGAUAUGGCAAUGGCUGAAUCAGCUACUCAAUUUGCGUGGGGCAAUGCUCUAAAGAAGAAGCUUCUUCAAACAAAAGUUGCCAAUGGCUUUGAUUUCUCUCUCCAAACACUGAAAUUUUCUCGAGAACAUUUAGAAAGAGAAGAAGAAGAGGAAGAGAAGAUGGAAAAUGGGUUGAAGAAGCUGAGGAAGAUCAUACCAGGCGGCGGUGGAGGCGGCGGCGGCGAUGGUGGUGGUGGUUUUAAUGGAGGUUUGGAAGAGGAAGAAUUGUUGAAACAAACUGAAAGUUACAUAAAAUGUCUUGAGUUGCAGGUGAAUGUUCUUAGAUGUUUGGUUGAAACAAACACAAUUUAAUCCUUUUUUUUUUUUUUGGAAAUUUCUAUGUGGAAAAGAAGAUUUAGCAAUGUAUGAAAUUUUUACGUGUUAAGUAACGAGGAGAGUGGAUAAUAUCUAUUAGCAAUGGGCUUGGGCUA